AUUUCGGAAGACGACAGAUCCCACAGUGUAAACUUUAAAAUACUAGGGGUUCCGUGGAAUGCAUCUACGGACGCACUAGUGGUAAAAUCACAGCUACCUCACUUCGAGCUGCUCACGAAACGUAACAUAUUAAGAGCUGUUCACUCAACAUUCGAUCCACUGGGACUUUUAGUCCCCCUUUUGUUGCGUGCUCGCAUUUUCCUGCAAAAUUUAUGGCUGAAGAAAUACGAAUGGGAUCAACCCAUUGCAGAAUCGGACGUUGAGCAAUGGAAUAAUAUCGUUAAAAAUACGGAAAAUUUCGAAAAAGUUAUUCCACGUAAACUUGGAAUGCCGCAAGGUCAGGGCACAUACGAAAUCUGCACGUUUGCCGAUGCAUCAACAAAUGCAUACGCUACGUGCACUUAUAUCAGGCAUGUUUCCGGUUCAGUAGUAGAAAUAUACCUUCUGUGUGCUAAGUAUCGCUUAGCUCCCGUGAGCCAGCUCACUAGUACAAAGACAGGUACUAUACCAAAAUUGGAACUCCUAGCCCUUUUGAUCGCAGCGCAAUUAACAGAUUUUGUUCGUAAGGAACUCGACCUUCCGAUAAGUAAAAUAAGAAUCUUUUCGGACAGUAAGAUUGCACUGCAUCAGGUCCACUCAGGAAAAAAUGCAGGCACAUUUGUAAACAACAGAGUUAAGAAAAUUCGUGCUCUACACACGACAUGGGAAAACGCAAAUAUCGAAAGUUCGUUCUAUCACGUUAAUAGUACCGAAAACCCUGCCGACUGCGCAACAAGAGGAAUAGAUAGAGAAAACUUUCACACCCAUUUUUGGUGGCACGGUCCGCAAUUUCUCCUAAAAAACGAAAAUUUAUGGUCACAAACGGAACCGUUUCAAAUGGUAUAUAACGAUACGGAAGUAACCAUGCAAAAUUGCAUGAAAAACGCACACGAAAGUUCAUCAAUUUUCCGCUAUUCGCUUUCAAAUUUCAACAAACUGAAACGUUCAGCGGCUUUUGUUCUCAAAUUUGUAAAAAAGAUCGGAAAAAAUCGUUACCGUAAGGACUCACAAGCUGAGCAAGGAUUCACUAGGUUAGCAACGGACAACGGAGUCUAUCGUUGUCAAGGUAGACUAUCGAACGCACAUCUGGGCUUUGACGCAACGAAUCCCAUUCUUCUCGUACCAAAUCACAUAUUAACGAAUAUAAUCGUAAUGCAUGCCCACAAGAAAUGUGGGCACCAGGGAGUAGGUGGCACACUCGCCGAACUUCAGACAAACUAUCGUCUUAUUUCUAAUCGCAGUGAAGCACUCCAACUUUUAGACGAAACGAAAGAAUCGCUUGCGAAGUUUUGGCAACUUUGGUCCAAUACGUACCUUACCACACUACAAAACUUCCACCUACAAGAAUGUCGUAAAAAGUCUCGAAAACUCGAACCAGUUGUAGGCUCCGUCGUACUCUUACAAGAUCAAAGUUCUCCCCGCAGUCAGUGGAAAAUGGGGAUAAUUCAAAAAUUGCACCCAGGAGAAGAUGCGCAAGUGAGAACCGUAAGCGUACGUUGUCCUAGCGGAAAAGUAAUUAAAAGACCAAUUAAUAUGCUCAUUCCCUUGGAAUUAUCGGUAACGGAAGAUGAAUCGGAAAUGGACGUAAGAGAAGAAAGAAUGAACUCCAGCUCACAAUCGGAAAAUUGCGGAAUACGAAAACAGCCGGAUCGUAAAGUUAAAAAGAAGGUGUCUUACGCAGAAUAUACUAACAUAGUACCUUAUAAUGCACCGCACAAAUCACUAAACCGGUUAGACUAUAGCACUUUACUAAAUUUAGUUAUGAUUCUCGCAAUCUGCGGAACAGUUUCUUCAAAACAUGCAAGCGAUACGAAUAUAACGAACUUAAAAGCGAAAUGCAUAAAAGGAGGCGUCUUUCUCGAUGCACUUUCUCCGUUCACAGAAGUUCAAGUCUGUACAGACAGACAUUGUGUACAGGCUACCGUACUCGAAAACGAAAUAAGCAUCAUGUUUCCUGCAGAAGUAUGCUUACACGAACAUAACGUACUAAUUAAGGCCUAA